UUUCUCUCCCAGCCCCCUUCCCUGACGCUGAGCUCCCCCCACACACACGUUUCCGAAUGGUUUCCCCCAGAGAGCGUACGGCGAGCGAGGAAGCCCCAAACAGCUGGGAGCCCAAUGAGGGCGCGCGGUGGGCCGGGCGCCGCGCAUGCGCGGGGGCGUUAUGCUAAUGUUGUUGAUAUUCCGGCGCAGGGAGUUGGGUUUCUUUCUCUGGCGGAGUGAGAGGCUGAACUUUCCAGGCCGCCUCCUGCCCCGCCGGGCCCGGCCCCUCGCAGGGGGAGGUGGCAGGCGGAGGGGGCCGAGCCGAGGGGAGGGGGCAGAGGCAGCGGGCGUCUCCUGCCCAUGAGGGCCUGAUGGAAAACACAAAGGACCUGAGUCUCCCCUCUUGUGUGAAACCCCCUGGGGAAGAGGCUAUGGACAAAACCAUUGGCAAACAGCAGAAACUGGCUUCAGACAAAAUGCUGUCAUACAUAGCAAAUGAAGAGACAGGAAAAAACAUUUCUGUAAUUUUCCAGCAGAGAUUUUACUUAUUAUAAAAGUGGAAGGCACAUUUCCAGAUAGAGACAGAACAUACUUCACGAGCAGAAAGGAAAAGACGUGAUUCAUUCGGGAUGUUUGACGGUUAUGAUAGUUGUAGUGAGGACACCAGCAGCAGCUCCAGUUCAGAUGAGAGUGAAGAGGAGGUUGCUCCUUUGCCGUCCAGUCUCCCAAUUAUAAAGAACAAUGGACAGGUCUAUACUUAUCCAGAUGGCAAAUCUGGCAUGGCUACAUGCGAGAUGUGUGGAAUGGUCGGUGUCCGUGAUGCUUUUUACUCUAAAACAAAACGCUUCUGCAGUGUGUCAUGCUCUAGAAGCUAUUCAUCGAACUCCAAGAAGGCCAGCAUUCUGGCCAGACUUCAGGUAGCGGGUAAACCUCCAACAAAGAAGGCUAAAGUUCUACAAAAACAACCCCUAGUGGCUAAAUUAGCAGCAUAUGCUCAGUACCAAGCAACUUUACAAAACCAGGCAAAGACUAAAGCAGCAGCUGUCCCUGUGGAAGGCUUCAGCUGGGGUAACUACAUCAAUAGCAAUAGCUUUACAGCAGCUCCUGUUACCUGUUUUAAACACGCACCUAUGGGGACAUGCUGGGGUGAUAUCUCAGAAGGAGUGCGAGUGGAGGUUCCAAACACUGACUGCAGCCUACCUACCAAAGUCUUCUGGAUAGCGGGGAUUAUAAAGUUAGCAGGCUACAAUGCUUUGCUAAGAUACGAAGGCUUUGAAAACGAUUCAAGUCUUGACUUCUGGUGCAACGUUUGUGGGUCUGACAUCCACCCAGUUGGUUGGUGUGCAACCAGUGGGAAGCCCCUGGUCCCUCCACGAACCAUCCAACACAAAUACACAAACUGGAAAGCUUUUCUAGUGAAACGACUUACUGGUGCCAAAACACUUCCUCCUGACUUUUCUCAGAAGGUGUCUGAGAGUAUGCAGUAUCCAUUCAAAACCUGCAUGAGAGUAGAAGUUGUUGACAAAACACACCUUUGUCGAACAAGGGUAGCAGUUGUAGAAAGUGUCAUUGGGGGACGGUUAAGAUUGGUGUAUGAAGAAAGUGAAGACAAAACUGAUGACUUCUGGUGCCAUAUGUACAGUCCACUCAUUCAUCAUAUUGGCUGGUCUCGAAGCAUAGGACACAGAUUCAAAAGAUCUGAUAUUACAAAGAAACAGGAUGGGCAUUUUGAUGCACCCCCACAUUUAUUUAUGAAGGUAAAAGAGGUUGAUGCAGCUGGAGAGUGGUUUAAAGAAGGGAUGAAAUUGGAAGCUAUAGACCCCUUAAACCUUUCGGCAAUAUGUGUGGCAACUAUUAGAAAGGUUUUAGCAGAUGGCUAUCUUAUGAUUGGGAUUGAUGGCUCAGAAGCAGCAGAUGGGUCUGAUUGGUUUUGUUACCAUGCCACUUCCCCUUCUAUUUUCCCUGUUGGUUUCUGUGAAAUUAACAUGAUUGAACUAACUCCACCCAGAGGUUAUGCAAAACUCCCUUUUAAAUGGUUUGACUACCUCAGGGAAACUGACUCAAUAGCCGCACCUGUAAAGCUCUUCAAUAAGGAAGUUCCAAACCAUGGGUUUCAUGUUGGAAUGAAACUGGAGGCUGUUGAUCUGAUGGAACCUCGACUGGUAUGUGUGGCCACAGUAACUCGCAUUAUCCACCGUCUUUUGAGGAUACACUUUGAUGGGUGGGAAGAUGAGUAUGAUCAGUGGGUGGAUUGCGAGUCCCCAGACCUCUAUCCAGUGGGAUGGUGUCAGCUAACUGGAUAUCAACUACAGCCUCCAGCGCCACAGUCAUCAAGAGAUAGCCAGUCAAGUUCAUCAAAACAGAAGAAAAAAGCUAAAUCACAACAGUACAAAGGACAUAAGAAAAUGACUUCAUUGCAGCUGAAGGAGGAGUUGCUAGAUGGAGAGGAGUACAGCUUCCUUCAAGGAGCAUCUGAUCAGGAAAGCAACGGAUCUGCCAGUUACUACAUCAAACAAGAACCAUAAGGCAGCUCAGAAGUGAGGGACAGAGUGUUGGCGACAGGAAAAGAGCCUUUCUCCAAGACUGACUGAUUUUGUUCCCACUUCGAUGGUACAGUUCAGGUGACUGUGCCUGGGGCACUUUGCUAACUGUAAAUGAGUUACUCAGUUCAGAAUUUUUUGGAAGGGCGAGGAAACUAUUUUAGUGAAACAGAUUUUUCAAUUUAUUAAAAACGAAAAUGGACACUUUUGUGUUGUAUUUGAAGCUUUUGAAAGAAUUUUGUAAUAUUUUCAAGUUCAGAUUUAUUGUGCAUUGUUAACAAAAACUGAAAUUCUAAUUUUUUGGUAAGAUUAAAGUUUAAUUAGCAUGAUUGUGGGAAGCGGUUGGAGGAAGAUAUAGUUGCAAAUACAAAUGAACUGUCAUAACAAAUGAACCUUUUUGGUACAAGUUGGGAGACUUUGAGACUCUUGUGAACUGCACUGGUCACGCCUCUGUUUUUUUUUAUUGUGGAAAUAAGGCAUUUAAGACCUAAUUUUGAGGCAUAAAGUGUAUGUGGAAGAUAGUCCUGUAAAGCUCUACUCAGUGAGUAGCCCCAAUUGCAAUGGAGCCAUCGCCUGACGAAGAUUUUAACUUUUCAAGAUGUUUUUAUUCAGUUUAAAGUACACUUUUUUUAUGUAAGAUUUUUUUUUUUUAAAAAAAGUUCCUUAGGGUCUGAUUCACUGCCCAUUAAUAUCAGUAGCCUUGUCUCCAUUGACUGCAGUGGGCAUUGGAUUGGGACUAUAAAGUUCUUGUCUGUAUGUGAAUGUCUGUAGUCUUGGAAUGCUUCAGCACAUGUUUACAGAGCCCUAUGCCAAACUGGAACUUCAGAAAAUUCCCUCAUUUGGAAGACUAGUGUUAGCUAUGGAUUUAGACUACAGAAGAAACUAGACAGUCAGUAACUCAGGCCUCCCUUGGUAGUAGGAAGGAACUUCUGAGUACUAUUCUGAUUUUUUUUUUUCUAUCCAGAAAGACGUAGAUGUUUCCUUACCAUCGAAAAUAUUUAUUUGUGAACAUUCAAAACCGAUGUUCCACGUGGUUUCAGGUGAGCUAAAAGGAGCCAUACGUUGUGGAUUUUAAGAAACAGUUCAGUUCUGCAGAGCCUGCAAUAUUCUUCUCUUGCUGCAAUAGUGUAAUGUGGAAAUUAAGAUUUGAGAACAGUAUAUAAAUCAUAUACUGUCUAGUAUAUAAUUCAUAAACUGGAUUUGCUUAUUACCUGGAAUCCUUGUGUCUCACUUCAAGUAUCCCAUUAGCCCCACAUGCUUAACUGUCCAGAUUUUUUAAAGGCAAAAGUCAUGUAAAAGGGUGAAAAUGACUACCAGUAAAAUACAAAAUAUUCUAGCUUGAGCUCUUAAUAAUUGGGAUUUUAUCUUUCCAUAUUUUUGAACAUUGUACACUUGUAAAUGAUCUCAUUCAUGGAGUUGAUUAGUAAAAUGGUUAGGCAGCCCUGCAGAGCUGUGACUGGAAAAAUGUGCAUCAAGAGCUUUUUAGCUUUUACCAGUAAGGUUCAUUAACUAAACUCUCAGGAAUUAACUGCAUAUGUUCUAUAAGUGCUUCUGGGUCUUAGCAGGUCCCCUUCAGAGCAGUACAAUGAUCAUCCGACUCAUGACCAUAAAUUAGGGCUUAAAAAAAAAUAAUCAAAAUUAUUAAUGCCUGUGUUCCUACAUCUUAAGAAAUGCUUUAAGAAUAUCAACCCACAGAGCCCCAGGAGACCAUUUUUGUAUAUUGUUGUUUGAGUUUUAAAAAAAGUGCAUAGAAAGUUGAAAACCAGCAAUUUGAUUAUUUUCUAAAAUAUUGCUCUAACUUUGGGUACAUAGUAUUAGUAAUAUGCACAGGUUUACCUCAUUCUAUGCAAGAGGGGUUAAAUAUGUAAAGUUUUGUAUUUACUACUGGAAGUAAAAAAUGUCCUGUAUAGCUGUAGGAAUGUCUGGAAUUCUUUUCUCCCUUACUGGUAAAAUUUCUUAAAGACAGACCCCUUUUAAACAACAUCAUCUUAGAUUGACAAAAUCUGGUUACAGAUUAUAAGUAUCUGUAACCUCAGGUGGUAAAGACAUUUUAGAUCUCUAAAAUAGCCAUAAAAAGGACUUUGUCAGGCUUGGUAGACUUCAAAUACAUUCUCUCAGAUUCUGACCCACCUUGAUGUUUCUUUUGAACAGCCUGGAUUGGAGAAGUAGGGUUAGAGAUAAUUGUAAUGACACUUUGAGCCUUCAUUAUUUUUUUUCCUGUGUUCCCAAUUUAAUCUGCUGUAAAAUCCAGCUCUGCAAGCAUUGAUUUGGUUUGGCAAGUACAACUCUAUUGAUUUUUUUUUUUUUUUUUUUUUUUUUUUUUAAAUGCAGCAACUUGCAGAUUGUCCCAGUCAGCUGGAACAAGGUUGGCACAAUCUUGCUUUCUUCUCUCAUCAGUAGUUUCUGACUUCAGUAGAAAAAACUGUUGUGUUCAUUGGUGUUUCAUAAUGUGAAAGCUUGGGCUAGGAAUGAGCAAGGUAUAUUGCUGAGUCACUAAAACUUGGGCUUCUGUGUAUUGCCCAGGCUCAUACCUGAUUUCUGAGUUCUAGUCUUCGAUUGUCAAGAGGGGAAGUUGGCACUUAAGCUGAAUCCACUUCCUGUGUUGGAGAAAUGUAAGAAUCGGAUUUGAAGUCUGUCAGUCUCUAUAAUGUUCUUUCAAAACAGGUAUUUUAUUAAACACUAAAGUAUGUGAGUUGACAUUGCAUUCACAUAUGACUUCAGUAGGAGUUGGGUGAAAUUUCUGUCUUUCUGAAUUCGAAAUAUACCUGAAUUGUGUGAUUGUCAAGUACAGUGAAAUCUGACCUAAGCAAACCACGUAAGGAACUAAUUGAAGUCACUUGCUUAGGAGGUUUAAGGAAAACCUGAGCAAAACUCCACCAGCUAUUGAGCGUGGUCUCUUCAAUGUGUGGGCUACCUGCUGGCUGUGGUACCCAUAGUAUAGACUUCACUGUAUUUGUAAAUUGUAAAAAAAAAAAAAAAAAAAAAAAAAAAAAAAAAACCACCCAAA